CCAGGAAACAUAAUGCAGCUGAACUUUUUAUUUUUACUCGCUGGUAUUCUCGUGUGCCGAUCUGCUGAUGCACUUCCUGCAAGCUAUGAUCAGCGUCAAACCGGGGAUCUCAACGUCCAGCUCGACUUUAAAGACAUCCAGGUCGUUGCGCUCGUGGACACCGAUCUUCUGGGGGACUAUGUGGACUACAAUUACUCUUAUGACUACGCCGACUUCACAAUAAAACCGAUCUCCAAACCCACGACUUCGGGUUCUACGACUUCAGUCGAGCCCUGGCACACCUGGCCAACUAUUCCUGCAUCUUCAACUACUUCAUCACCAUCAUCAUCAUCAUCAUCAUCAUCGUCAUCUAGUUCUGAAUCAGCAGUCACUUCAUCAACACCCACAGCAUCAGUAUCAACAUCAACAUCAAAAGAGUCCUUAGAAUCUGAAAAAACAACGAGCGCAUCUCCAAUAACUUCAACAACUCAAUCAACGACAGAAAAAAAAAUAAAAAAUUAUACAGAAAUAAAUCGACGUGAUUCGAUUUCCAAAGAAUGUCCGUCAGGAUACAGCUCAGAUGCUAAAGGACGCUGUCGUAAAAUAAUCCGUAGACGUUUAUCAUUUUUACCACUGAUGAAGUUGGCGCCAAAAAUCAGCAAAGAAGAAACCAGCAAAGACUCGCGUGUCUCAUCAUAGACCGAAAAAUAUGAUGACAAUCCGAGAGUAAAAAUCUAAUUGACCCAGAUCCUGAAUUUGUUUAAAGUUUUAUCG